GGAACUUUGAAUGGUCAAUUACUUCUAAAACUUUGGAGGAAGUCCCUCCACCGAAAUAUUCCAGGUUUUCCAUUAUCAAUAUUUUCAUCUCGGAUUAUUGUCGUUAAUUUUCGGGGAGCCUGCUCCAAAUGAUACCUUCUCCGAACUCGGCUCUUUCGCGAGGACUGUAAAACUAUUUUUGAAACAGGCAGUAAGGAGGACGGCCGUGCCCAGCAGCCAGGAUGCCACAGCAAAAGGACAUUGUGAAGAUCGCCAUCCAGAUGCCUGGGGCCUACCCGCAACUCAUACAACUGGACCAGAAAAAGCCACUGUCAGCAGUGAUAAAGGAGGUCUGUGACGGAUGGAAUCUUCAAGGUCCUGAAAACCAUGCCUUGCAGUACGCCGAUGGUGUUCAGACCUACAUCACUGAAUCGAAUCGCCUGGAUAUAAAAAACGGCUGCAUUCUCCGGCUGACCAAGGCCCCGGGUCGCUGUGCAGAGGACCUGUAUAAAGGCAUCCAGAGCUCAGACUCAGGCGUGCGCUGUGAUUCGCUGAAGCAGCUGGCCAGCGUGUCCACCGACGUGACGUUUGCUCAGGAGUUCAUCAGCCGAGAUGGACACGCCCUGCUGGUGGAGAUUGUGGAGGAGGCUAAAGAGGCCCCUUUGAUCAUGACCCACACACUGACGGGCUUUAUGGAGCUGAUGGAUCAUGGAAUUGUGUCUUGGGAGAAUCUCUCCUCUGUCUUCAUCAAGAAGAUUGCCAGCUUUGUGAACGCCAAGGUAGCGGACGCCUCCAUCCAGCAGGUGUCACUAGCCAUCCUGGAGAGCAUGGUCCUGAGCAGCACCAGCCUCUUCCUGCUGGUCAAACAGGAAGUCACCAUGGAGAGACUCAUCGCACACCUCCAGGUGACCAACCAACAGAUCCAGACCAAGGCCAUGGCUCUCCUGAUGGCCUUGCUCCAGACUGCCGACGAUGCAAACCGACAGGAUUUGUUUGCAUACCUCGGAAAGAAGAACCUUCGUCAGUACAUUUACAAGAACAUCAUCCACAGUUCUGCGUCGGUCGGGGAUGAGAUGGCUCACUAUCUGUACGUGCUGCAGUCUGUCACUCUUAACCACCUGGAGCAGAGGAUGAGGACGCCCUUGGACUCUUACAACCAGGACCAGAGGGAGAUCCUGCAUGGUCUCCGCCAGGCGGCGUUUGAAAUGGAGAGUGAGAACAGUCUGAGCAACGAGAGACGACGGUCGCUCUGCGCCAAGGAGUUCAAGAAGCUUGGCUUCUCUAACAACAGUAACCCUGGCCAGGACCUGGUCCGGACCCCCCCAGGCCUCCUAGCCCUGGACACCAUGGCCUACUUUGCCUCCCGCUACCCAGACGCUUACAGCAGGUUUGUCCUGGAGAACAGCAGCAGAGAGGAUAAGCAUGAGUGUCCUUUUGCCCGGAGCAGCAUCCAGCUCACCCUCAUCCUUUGUGAGAUCCUACGCAUCGGAGAGCCCCCGUCAGAGACUGGGUCCAACUACCACCCCAUCUUCUUCUCCCAGGAUCGGCUUCUGGAGGAGCUGUUCUGCGUCUGCAUCCAGCUGGUCAACAAGACCUGGAAGGAGAUGAGAGCCACACAGGAGGACUUUGACAAGGUGAUGCAAGUGGUGCGUGAGCAGAUCACCAGGACCCUGUCCAGUAAGCCCACGUCCCUGGAACUGUUCAAGAACAAGGUCAACGCCCUGAACUACAGUGAGAUCCUGAAGCUGAGGCAAACGGAGCGUCUGCAUCAGGAGGAGACCCUUGCGCCCCCUGUCCUAGAGCUGAAGGAGCGUUUGAAGCCUGAGUUGCUGGAGCUGAUUCGCCAGCAGAGACUGAACCGUCUGUGUCAGGGAACACUCUUCCGCAAGAUCAGCAGCCGUCGCAGACAGGAUAAGCUGUGGUACUGUCGCCUGUCACCUAAUCACAAAGUCCUUCACUAUGGCGACGUGGAGGAGGACACAGAGGCUCCGCCCAUCGAGAUGCUGCAAGAAAAAAUCCCUGUUGCAGAGAUUAAGGCUUUACUGAUGGGGAAGGACUGUCCACACAUGAAAGAGAACAAGGGGAAGCAGACCAAGGAGAAUCUGGACUUGGCCUUCAGCAUCACGUAUGAUGUGGAGGAGUACAGCCUGAACUUCAUAGCCUCUUCCCGGACAGAUUUCUGCCUGUGGACGGACGGACUGAGCGUGCUCCUGGGGAAGGACAUGAGCAGUGAGUGCAUGCGCAGCGAGCUGGAGAUCCUCCUCUCCAUGGAGAUCAAACUCCGCCUCCUGGACCUGGAAAACGUGCAGAUCCCAGACCAUGCCCCCCCUGUACCUAAACCCCCCAGCAACUUUAACUUCUGUUAUGACUUCAGUCAGGCAGAGCAGUAAUAUAUGGAGAUGGGGGCUGGGGCUGGCAGGAGGCAGGAUGGGGCUUGAGGCUCAAAAUUCUGGGGUGGAGCUUAGGA